ACGAAGGAAGGAAGGGGGGAGAGAGUCGAACGGGUCAGGAUGAGGAGCGCGGCAGCGGCAGCGACGCAGAGCUCGACACUGGGAUGGGAAAAGCCAAACGAGAGGACAGCUCCGAGGGGAAACGACGAGGCAUGAGAGACGGCGCCCGGGAGACGUGCUGGAUCGCUCCAACAUGGAGGCAUAGCGACGGUGGCAUACGUUAAAGGGAGAUCAUCUCAUUGUAGCCUAGCAGCAUCAUCAUCAUCAUCCCCAUCAUCCCCAUCAUCACCAUCCGUCCGUUCAACCUGAACGGAGAGGAGGAGAGAGGAGGGGAGAUGGGCUCCCAGGUUGUGCAGACCCUGCGACAGGGAGUGUGGGCAUCCUUGACCGGGGGCUGGUACCACGACCCCGACCAGAACAAAUUCAACAACUCGUGCCACCUCUAUCUGUGGAUAUUCCUCCUGAUGUUGCCCCUGUCUCUCCAUCUGGCCCUGCCACCUACCACCAUGGCUCUGAGCAUCUAUUGCACCUCCAUUACCAUCUUCUUCAUCCUCAUCAAGCUGGCCAACUACCGGCUGCACCUGAUGUUCGAUGAGGGUGAGGCAGUGGUCCGCAGCAGCCUCUCCGACCUCAGCAAAGCUCAGGAGAAAAAGAGUAAUGCCUCGGACUCCUGCCUGCCCGCCAGCAUCAGAAAGAGCAGCACAGUCCCUGACAGUGUUGCCAUGACGACGUUAGCUCGGAAGCGUCCCAGUUCAGUGAUCCAGGUGACAGUGAAACAGACCGAAACUGACCCAGGACUGAUCGGAGUGGACUGUUCAAAGUCAGAGGAGGGGAAAACUGUGGAAGGACAGUACGAGACCGCUUCAGAGCAGCCUGUGGAGGGAAGCCCGCACCGGACCCCCGAUCCGUCUCCAGACGACCUCUCCAGUCCCAAUCCAGACCAGGAUGCCCCGCUGCUGCAGGCCCAGCAGAGGCCCCCGUCCCAAGCCGAGAGGGAAGAGGCGCGCGUCGGGUCUGCAAGUGAGAUCGGAAAAGCGGAUGCAGAAAUAACCGAAAAUGGAGCUGAGAAGGAAGCGGUGGAGAUCCAGAGCCCUUUGCCGGAGAAAGGCAGAGACCAGACAGAGCUUGAGAGGACUGUGGAAAAAGACUUGGAGCAGGAGAGAAUAGAGGAAAGAGAAUUUGAGGAUAAAGAGAGUGCAGACAGGGAGACGGCUGAUGAAGGCUUGCCAUCUUCCAAGGGAAGCGAAGAUGAGAGUGAGGAGUGCAGUGAGGGGCAGAAAGAGACCUCGGAUGCCAACAACAACUCACUUGAGACUCCAAAGGAAGACCAGGAUGAGUUCAUUGACAUGCCAGAGCCUCCCUCACAGGCUGAGCCCGUUGAAGAGACAUACUGUUCGGAUGAGAUCGAGGUGGUGCUGGUGGAUAACUCCAGCUCCCCUUCGUCAGCUCACCUGGAUAACAGCGACACAGUCAAGAUCAUCAUCACUAUGAGCUGUGAUCCUCAGACUGCGGCUCAGCUGGAGGAAAGCGUCAAACAAAGCCUUCUGGAGAAUGCACAGGCUCAGAAGGAUGCUGGGGAAUGCCACAUCAAGAUCCCCGUCAUCACUUUUGAUUCACCUGAGGAGAAGGAGGAGGCUGAGGAAGGAGAGGAAGCGAGUGGCUCGGAGGCUGACCCCGCCGCCACACUGCAAAAGACCGCCAGCCAAAGUGAAGAGUUCCAUUUAUGUAGGGAAACAGCCAGUCCUGGGUCCACCACUCUCGGGUGUCCUGAUCCAGAGCUGGAGCAUCACACACUGCAGAUGACCACUGACAGCACGCCCAGCCCACAGCUGACCAAUGACAACAGCUCAUCAGGCAUCGACGUCCACUCCCACCCAGACGACACUGACCCUCUGGAUCCAAACAUAGAUUCACGAGGAUUCUUGCGUCUGCCGCAAACCAUAGGUCGCUAUGGGCCUGGAGGCAGGACGCACAUCCGAGGGCUGAGCAUGGACAGCGGGAAAGAUGCCGUCCUGCUGUCCGAUCGCUCCCAUAACACAACCACCAUGACUAGCUCCAAAUCAGACCUGGAGGCAAAGGAGGGCCAAAUGCCAAAUGAAUCCAACUUCUCUGAGUUUGUGUCCCUGCUGGGGUCUCUCAGCACGAGAGGAGGAAAUACUGUCAACAAAGAAGCAGAGGGGCCAGUGAACAAGGAGAAACCGGAUGCUGCUGAUGAAGAAAAACAGAGCGCAACUCCUGGGUCGGAUGAGACGAAAACAGAUACCAGCACUGAGAACAGGUCAGAGAGACCAAAGCCACCCACCAGUCUGCCAACCAACACUCUGCAGGCCAUACCGCCCACACACAUCCCCAUCGUCUCCCCUGACAGCCCACAGACGGACAGAGAGAAGGAUCCAGAUUAUGAUUCUCUCCCCUCGCAGACAUCUCAGUCUGAGAGCUCCAUGCUGCAGGUCAUCUGCAGACCCGAGGCCACCAACAAAGAAGAGGCCUACACCUUCCAUACUGUGCACAGAGAUAGGCCUCGCAAGCUGUAUGCAGAGAGGGCGCUCAACCUGCCUCUGGGAGCAGAGCUCAUUACGGGCAACAUGUGUGAUCUCCUGUCAACCUCUUCGAACUCGGAGUGUCAGGAGGGCGUAGCAGGUGGCCACACUGAUUGCCCUUUCCAGCGCCGCAUCAUCCAUGCGCACCGGCUGCGUCCACGACGGACCCAUCCCGAGAUCUUCCAGGAGGAGGACUCUUUGGAUGAGUCGUCGGAGACUUCCACUCAGGAGAAGCCAACCAAAAAAAUUUACUACAAACUCCAGCUGUUUCCCGGGAAAUGGAUCAGUAUUUUAUACGACCGACUCACCCUGCUUGCUCUUUUGGACAGGAACCAAGAUGUUCUGGAGAAUCUGGUCGCAGUCUUCAUGGCUUUCCUAGUUUCCUUUCUGGGUUUUGUGCUCCUUAACCAUGGCUGCUUCAAAGAUUUCUGGGUCUUUCAGUUCUGCCUGGUGAUUGCCAGCUGCCAGUAUUCCUUACUGAAGAGUGUUCAGCCAGAUGCAGCUUCGCCAACACAUGGUCACAACCAGCUGGUUGCCUACAGCCGAGCGGCCUACUUCUGUAUUUUCUGUGCACUAAUCUGGCUGCUGGAGCAGCUGCUGCGGAGGAAGGACCUGCCUGUCUUCCCCCUGUAUGGAGUCACCAUUGUCUGCUAUGACAUACUGCACUUCUCACGAGACCUGCUGGUUGGUCUCACCUACUGCUUUCCGGUCACCUUCCUGGUUGGUCUUCUUCCUCAGAUCAACACCUUUACCAUCUACCUGCUGGAGCAGAUCGACAUGCACUUCUUUGGAGGAACAGCCGCUACAAGCCUAAUCUCUGCAGUCUACAGCCUCCUGCGCAGCCUGAUCGCUCUGUCCCUGCUGUACGGCUUCUGCUUCGGCGCUCUCAAGGAGCCGUGGGAUGAGCAGCACACUCCUGCCCUGUUCUCUGGUUUCUGCGGCCUGUUGGUGGUGUUCUCCUAUCACCUCAGCCGGCAGAGCAGCGACCCAUCUGUGCUGCUAUCUCUGAUCAAGUCAAAGAUAAUGCCCGCACUUGUGGAAAGUGAAGAAGAAGAGGAGCAGGAUGCAGACAUUAAAGACCCCCUGCCUGAAAAACUGCAGAACGCAAUGCAUCUUGGCACCAUGAAGGAGAUUCUGCUGUCGGACAUUAUCGUGUGCUCUGUUGCCUACAUCCUAACCUUUGCCAUCACAGCGAGCACCGUGUUCCUCUCUCUCAAGCCUUUUGUGACCAUCGUGCUGUACGCUCUGGCUGGCACGGUUGGGUUUGUAACCCACUACCUGAUCCCACAGCUCAGGAAGCAUCAUCCUUGGUUGUGGAUUUCUCAUCCAGUUCUGAAAACCAAGGAGUACUACCAGUUUGAACCUAGAGAGGACGCUGUGCUGAUGUGGUUUGAGCGCCUGUACGUGGGCCUCCUGUGCUUUGAGAAGUAUGUGGUCUACCCUGCCAUUGUGCUGAGUGCGCUCACUAAUGACGGCUUCGCCCUCAGUCACCGCAAGAAACUGGGAAUCCACUGUGACGUUCUCCUGACCACGGUCGCCGGACUGAAGCUCCUGCGUUCGUCCUUCUGUGAUCCAAGCUUCCAGUUCCUCACUCUUCUCUUCACGCUUGUUUUUUUCCACUUCGACUGUCCGCAGGCCUCUGAGAGCUUCCUGUUGGACUUCUUCAUCAUGUCUAUUGUUUUCCAUAAGAUGCGCGAGCUGUUGCUGAAACUCCAUUUCAUCCUGGUUUACAUCGCUCCGUGGCAGAUCGCCUGGGGCAGCGCCUUCCACGCCUUCGCCCAGCCCUUCGCCGUGCCUCACUCAGCCAUGCUGCUGCUCCAGACGGUGCUCACCACGGUGUUCUACACUCCAUUAGCUCCCUUCUUGGGCAGUGCCAUCUUCAUUUCGUCUUAUCCGCGGCCCAUCAAGUUCUGGGAGCGGAACUACAAUACAAAGCGUAUUGACAACUCCAACAGCAGGCUGGUGUCUCAGGUGGACAAAGAAACAGGAUGUGAUGAUAACAACCUAAACUCAAUUUUUUACGAGUACCUGACUCGCUCCCUGCAACAUUCACUGUGCGGCGACCUCAUGCUGGGCCGGUGGGGCAAUUACAGCGCCGGGGAUUGUUUCAUUCUGGCCUCCGACUACCUCAACGCCCUGGUGCACCUCAUCGAGAUCGGCAACGGCCUCGUCACGUUUCAGCUGAGGGGUCUGGAGUUCAGGGGAACAUACUGCCAACAGCGAGAGGUGGAGGCCAUCACGGAGGGCGUGGAGGAAGACGACGGCUGCUGCUGCUGUGAGCCGGGCCACCUGCCUCACAUGCUGUCGUGCAACGCGGCCUUCAACCUGCGCUGGCUGGCCUGGGAGGUGAUGGCCACCAAGUACCUGCUGGAGGGUUACAGCAUCAGCGAGAACAACGCGGCCACCAUGCUGCAAGUCUACGACCUCCGAAAGUUGCUCAUCACCUACUACUUAAAGAGUAUCAUCUACUACCUGGUCCACUCUCCCAAACUGUCCACGUGGCUCAAAGAUGCCACCAUUCAGGAGGCGCUGCAGUCCUACACCAAGUGGCACCACAUCGAGCGUGACCCGCAGGUCUUCAGCGUGAAGAUCGAUGAAGACUAUGUGCACUGCCUGCAGGGGGUGACGCGAGCCAGCUUCUGCAACGUCUACCUAGAGUGGAUUCAGUACUGCGCGAGGAAAAUGGAGACGCCUGUGGACUGUGACGAAGACUCCUCCCUGGUCACGCUGUCUUACGCCCUCUCCGUCCUGGGGAGGAGGUCCCUCGGCACAGCCUCGCACAACAUGUCCAACAGCCUGGAAUCCUUCCUCUACGGAUUCAACACGCUGUUCAAAGGGGACUUCCGCAUCGCCACCAAAGACGAGUGGGUGUUUGCUGAUCUGGACCUCCUGCAGAAGGUGGUGGCCCCUGCGGUCAGAAUGAGCCUCAAGUUGCAUCAGGAUCACUUCACAUGUCUGGAGGAGACCGAGGAGGCCUCUAUCUUGUAUGAAGCCAUCACAAACUACCGCAGCAGCUUGGUAAUCUGCCACGAGAGCGACCCCGCCUGGCGGAAGGCCGUGCUGUCCAGCCGCGACACGCUGCUCACCCUGAGACACAUGAUCGACGACGGCACGGACGAGUACAAGAUCAUCAUGCUGUACAAACGCCACCUCAGCUUCAAAGUCAUCAAGAUCAAUAAGGAGUGUGUGCGAGGCCUGUGGGCGGGACAGCAGCAGGAACUGGUGUUUUUACGCAACCGAAACCCGGAGCGCGGCAGCAUCCAGAACUCCAAGCAGGCGCUGAGGAACAUGGUCAACUCGUCCUGCGACCAGCCGCUGGGAUACCCCAUGUAUGUGUCGCCACUGACGACGUCCUACGCCGGCACACACCGGACGCUUCGCAGCAUAGGAGGAGGGGCUUUCAGCCUGGACGCCAUCCGCUCCUGGCUCUGCUCUAAGUGGUUACGGGUGCGUAAGGACAACUUGACCAGCUGCAACAGUGGAGUGAACAUGGAGGAUGUGGACUGCGGUGCAGGUGGCUCGUCCCCACCGAGCCACAACCGCCCGUCCUCCGUCACCUCCAACAGCCUGAGCCUCUACCAGCACCGGACCAGGGCCACACACAGCCACAGACACCACAACGCAGGAAGGAGAGAGUACCGCAGCCGGUCAGUGCAGCCUCAGGGUCAGCGUCCCCCUGUCAGCAGCCAGUCGGGCCCUAUUCUGGACACAGGUUCCACCCACGGGCUUGUCCAGCGUCUCUCCAACAGUCAGCUGUCCUUUAACACCUCCAUAGCCUCUAUAUUCUCCCAGGUCCCACACCUCUCAGGGGCGGGGGGGAUCGGCUCCCAGCACCAGACGGCGCAGCACCAGCAGCGCUCCAGCCAGGUUUCCUCGUCCUCCUCCACACUCAGCCUUCUGUUCGGCAAGCGCAGCUUCUCCAGCGGCCUGGUCAUCUCCGGCCUGUCGGCCGCCGAGGGGGGCAACACCACCGACACACAGUCCUCAUCCAGCGUCAACAUUGCCAUCGGGCCCUCCCACAGGUCCAGCAGCAGAGCCACACAGUGGACAUCAGAGCCAUAUGAGAGUAUAGACGCGACCAAUUCCAAUGGCGCUGCCACAGUGAGAAACGGCACGCAAUCCAUCGACGAGGGCUGCGGCCGCGGGUUAGAUGAGACCCAGGAGGACUCCGAAUCCGACUCACCGGCCCCAAAGCCCAGCGAUCAAAAGACUACCUGAGAGGCGGGAAACAUUUGCACACACACAUACAUAUAUAUGGGAGUGCCCACACUUGCAGUACAAACAUGUACAGACGGAACUGUACGAAGGUAAAUACAAACGCAUACAGACGAUUGUAUAAGAGAGCACCUGUGCACACAAGCCUGCCUACUCUCUCGUCCUCAGCAUGUGGUCUCACCAAGUUGUCUGAAUGUAAAGUCUAAAAUCAUGGUCUUGGAUCUGGAUGAGGAAAUAAAUAUGUUUUUAAAUGA